GCUCGGGUCGUUGUGGUGUGCUGUCUUCCCGCUUGCGUCAGGGACCUACCCGACUCAGUGGCCGCCAUGGCAUCAGACGAAGGCAAGCUUUUUGUUGGAGGGCUGAGUUUUGACACCAAUGAGCAGUCGCUGGAGCAGGUCUUCUCAAAAUACGGACAGAUCUCUGAAGUGGUGGUUGUGAAAGACAGGGAGACCCAGAGAUCUCGGGGAUUUGGGUUUGUCACCUUUGAGAACAUUGACGACGCCAAGGAUGCCAUGAUGGCCAUGAACGGGAAGUCUGUAGAUGGGCGACAGAUCCGAGUAGACCAGGCAGGCAAGUCGUCAGACAACCGAUCCCGUGGGUACCGUGGUGGCUCUGCCGGGGGCCGGGGCUUCUUCCGUGGGGGCCGAGGACGGGGCCGUGGGUUCUCUAGAGGAGGAGGGGACCGAGGCUAUGGGGGGAACCGGUUCGAGUCCAGGAGUGGGGGCUACGGUGGCUCCAGAGACUACUAUAGCAGCCGGAGUCAGAGUGGUGGCUACAGUGACCGGAGCUCGGGCGGGUCCUAUAGAGACAGUUACGACAGUUACGCUACACACAACGAGUAAAAACCCUUCCUGCUCAAGAUCGUCCUUCCAAUGGCUGUGUGUUUAAAGAUUGUGGGAGCUUCGCUGAACGUUAAUACGUGUAGUAAACGCACCUCCUUGUAUUCCCACUUUCGUAGUCAUUUCGGUUCUGAUCUUGUCAAACCCAGCCUGACCGCUUCUGACGCCAGGAUGGCCUCGUUACUAGACUUUUCUUUUUAAGGAAGUGCUGUUUUUAAGGGUUUUCAAAACAUUUUGAAAAGCACUUCAGAUUUACUUUUUUGACCACGAGCCAUGAGUUUUCAAAAAAAUCGGGGGUUGUGUGGGUUUUUGGUUUUUUAGUUUUUGGUUGUGUUGCCUUUUUUUCUUUUGGUGGGGUUGGCCCCAUGAAGUGGGUGCCCCACUCACUCCUCUGAGAUCGAACGGACUGUGAAUCCGCUCUUUGUCGGAAGCUGAGCAAGCUGUGGCUUUUUCCAACUCCAUGUGACGUUUCUGAGUGUAGUGUGGUAGGACCCCGGCGGGUGUGGCAGCAACUGCCCUGGAGCCCUGGCCCCUGCGCCCAUCUGUGCUGUGCGCCCCACAGUAGACGUGCAGACGUCCCUGAGAGGUUCUUGAAGAUGUUUAUUUAUAUUGUCCUUUUUUACUGGAAGACGUACGCAUACUCCAUCGAUGUUGUAUUUGCAGUGGCUGAGGAAUUCUUGUAUGCAGUUUUCUUUGGCUUUACGAAGCCGAUUAAAAGACCGUGUGAAAUGAACCUUGCUC